AAAAUAUUUAUCUAGGUUGUGUUAAAAAUUGAAAAUUACUGGUCAGUGACGAUAAAUGAAAGAAUAAUAUUUAAUUUUAUUGAGGGUUUUUAAUCAAUGAAGAAAAUGGAAAUGGAGUUUCGUAGUAAUUCUGAUAAUUCUGAAAACAUUCAAUGUAAUGAGCAAUUGUCACAGUUUGAGGAAACUAGAAAAAAAAAUAUAGAGGAGUUGCAUGCUCUUUUAAAAUCAAUAAGAGAUCCGGAGUUGGAACAAGAAUUUGCCCUUUUAAACCAGGAAAUAAAACCAGUUCGCCGAGAAAAAGUCAAAACCAAGUCGCGAAAACGGGAAACAGUAUUCAAGUGGUCGGGAGUAGUUCGUGUAGAUGAAAUAAGAAAGUCCUCGAGGCUUCAAAAUAAGGUUCCCCAAUAUAAAGAAGAUUAUUUAGAAAAUAUUGAAGAAACAGUUAGAUCUACUUAUUUUAAAAACCUGAAUAGGGAUAUUAAUUAUGUAUAUGAGGAUUAUAAACCCAAAAACAAACCAUCUAUACAUAGACGUGUUGAAAAACAUGUGUUCAUUCCUGUAGAAGAUGUAUCCCAGGAUAUGCUUGACAAUAUUGCUUUGAGUGUGCAAAAAAAAGUUUAUUCAGUAAAUGGUACCACAUGUCAUCAAUGCAGGCAGAAAACCCUAGACCAGAAAACUUGUUGUCGUAACCCUGAAUGCACGGGAAUGCAGGGCAUGCUAUGUGGAGUUUGCAUUAAAAAUAGAUAUGGGGAAGAUGCUGCUGUAGCCUUGAAAGAUCCAAAUUGGCAUUGUUUUGUCUGCCGAAAGAUUUGUAAUUGCUCAAUUUGUCGUAAUAGGCAAGGUAAACGACCAACAGGAAUAUUAGUACCAUUAUGUAAGCAGCAGGGUUUCAACAGCGUGAAAGACUUUCUGAUAUCGUUGAGAGGUGAAGGAGAUGAUCCAAACAAGGAUUUAUCUUUUGCUUUAGAACGAGAUGUCGAAGCUUUAUUAGGAUUUUUGGAUAAUGGGAGAGUAGCCUGUCUCAAUAAUAAAAAGUGGGUUGUAAUGGUUUGCAAAUGCUGCUUAAUAAAAGACAGUUUGGACCCAAACAACCUUGUAGGAUUUUCUCAGAAGGGUUUGGCAGUCUAUGGUAAUGGCCAUAUUGAAGAAUUAAGGAAUUGUGUUUCUAAUUGCUUACAUAUAACUUAGGUUUGUUUUUGGAAAAUUUUUGGUUUUUGUUCCAAUUAUCAAGUACCGCAUUUCUUUUUUUUGUGUGUUUUAUUCUUUUUUGUACAUAUCAAAAAUAAUUUUGACUUUGAAUUGUUCUAUUCAAAAUAACUUAAUUGUUUUUAACUGUAUGUAAUA